AUGAGCACUCAGCAGACUUCAAACACUCGACCUUGCCGUUGUGGAUCCAUACAUCCCCACCAACGUACUUCUAAUUCUUCUUGCCGUCUCAAUGCUCGCAAUCUACGCCCUCAAUUGCAUAGCCAAGAGGAAGCUAAUACACGCAAUACACGCAAUACACGUCGUCGACUGAAUGAUGAAGAGAAGCUAAUACACGCAAUACACGUUUCAUGUCGACUGAAUGAUGAAGAGGAGGCUGAUACACGCAAUACACGCAAUACACGUCGUCAACUGAAUGGUGAAGAACAACCCAACGACCAUCAAUUGCAAGCAUAA